UGCACUGGCUUUGGAAAUUGAAGGUUUUUUGCAGUCAUGUUUGGGAACAAGAUGAUUUUUGGCCUUCUGGUCCUGCUGCUGGUCUGCUCUGUUAGAGCUGAGAUGGUAUUAUAAACAUACACAAAAUAAGUUUAGUGCUCAGUAGGUUGCAAGUGAUAAAUAUAAAAACAUUGUUUUAUACAUUAUACAUUUGUUUACUUCUCUAAUUAUAAUAAGAAUGUAAUGUGAUGGUUAUGACUUCAUCUAUGGUUUUAAUUUCUUUGCUCGUCUGGUUUGUGUGUGGUUUUUCUGCCGUACAUCACAUGCAGACUGCUGUUGAGGACAUUUCUGCUGAGCUGUCUGUUUCUGAACUGUUGCAUAGAGCCAAUAGAGGCAUCAUUCCUGAACCUGAUGAGCCCGAACUGAUGGAUGACAUUGCUGUGAAUGGGAGAAAUGCAGAUCCCUGCACCUCCUAUGACUGCCUCUGGCCUGUGUCUGCAGAUGGCCAUGUUUAUAUACCUUAUGUCAUUGCUGACCACUACUCUUCCCGUGAGGUGGAGAUCAUCCAGCGUGGUCUGGACUCUUUCUCUUCAGUCUCCUGCAUCCGCUUCUUCCGUCGCAACGUUGAGAGAGACUACAUCAGCAUUGAGUCCCGCAGUGGAUGUUACUCAUACGUUGGUCGUCAGGGUUAUGGGCAGAUUGUGUCUCUGGCCCGUAAUGGCUGCCUUUACCACAACAUUGUGCAGCAUGAGUUGCUCCACGCUCUUGGCUUCAACCAUGAGCAAACCCGCAGUGACCGUGACGACCACAUCCAAGUCAUCUGGGAGAACAUCAUAGACGACAAAAAACACAACUUCAACAAAAUCAACACCCUUAACCAGGGAACUCCUUAUGACUACAACUCUGUGAUGCAGUAUGAGAGAUAUGCUUUCUCCAAGAAUGGUCUCGCCACUAUGGUUCCCAUUCCUGACAACACUGUUGAGUUAGGCAAGGCUUCUCAAAUGAGCCAGAAUGAUAUGACCAGACUCUUCAAACUCUACAAGUGCAAGCACAUUGUUGCCACUGAUGUCUAAUCUUCUCUAGAUUGGUUUGCCAUUUUCCAGUGAGAACUUCCUAGUUUCAUCUGACACCAUUUUCAAGCUCUCAACAAUAAAAUCAUAAACGUGCAAAUGGA